UCACAUGUUACACCCUAUUCACUCUUCAAAAAAAAAAGUAAAAAACUGCUCUGAGAUUAUAACAAAACCCCGCGCUUCUCUUCUACAUCUAACAUCUCACAAUUCUCCAACAUAGAUACACACAUACAUAUACGAUAGAUUAGUAUACACACAAUAACAUACACAGCAAGAGUGAAAAUGGAAUUGCAGAAGGGAUUUAAGCUAUUGCUUCAACAAUACAAAGCUUUGUUCACGAAGAACUUGCUGCUCGCAUGGCGGAACAAGAGAGCCACAUUCCUUCAGUUAUUUUCAUCAAUAUUCUUCAUUUUUUUGCUUUUCAUUAUACAAAAAGCAAUUGAAGCUCGAUUCGGCUCUUCCACUGCCUUCAAGGCUGUACGAGAUCCUGAGCCGCUAAUCGAUCCCCCGAUCCCUCCGUGUGAGGAUAAGUAUUACACUAAGCUUCCGUGUUUUGACUUUGUUUGGAGCGGCAGUGAUAGUGACAGGAUAGGAUCGAUUGUUGAUCAAAUUAGGGCUAAUAAUCCUGGUAGGCCCAUUCCUUCUACCAAGGUCAAAUCUUUUCGAUCAAAAAAUGACGUGGAUGCAUGGUUCGUUGCUAAUCCUAUGAAAUGUCCCGGAGCUCUGCAUUUUCUAGAGAGAAAUGCUACUGUAAUUAGUUACGGUUUACAGACAAACUCUACACCCGCUGGAAAACGAGGUGAUUUUGAAGAUCCAACAUUCAAAUUCCAAAUACCACUCCAAAUUGCUGUUGAACGCGAAAUUGCAAGGUCAUUAAUAGGAGAUCCUGGUUUCAGUUGGGUUGUCAAUUUGAAGGAAUUUGCACAUCCGGUAGUGGAAACAUUCUCUUCUGUGGGCACAGUAGGACCAAGUUUCUUCUUGGCCAUUGCCAUGUUUGGUUUUGUGCUACAGAUUAGUUCUUUGAUCGUUGAGAAAGAACUCAAGCUUCGCCAGGCAAUGUCUAUGAUGGGCCUUUAUGACACGGCUUAUUGGUUAUCAUGGCUUACAUGGGAGGGAAUCAUCACCCUAUUUUCCUCUCUUUUCACAGUUCUCUUUGGAAUGAUGUUUCGGUUUGAUUUCUUCAUGAACAACAGCUUUGAAGUUGUGUUUCUUGUGUUCUUUCUCUUCCAAUUAAACAUGAUCGGUUUUGCGUUCAUGUUUUCAUCAUUCAUCACAAAAUCAACUUCAUCUACAACUGUUGGUUUCUCCGUGUAUAUAGUUGGCUUUCUGACACAGGUGGUUACCGUAUUUGGAUUUCCCUAUAGUGACAGCUUCUCUAACACAUACAGGACCAUCUGGUCUUUCUUCCCACCUAAUCUUCUUGCUAAAGCCCUUCAAUUGCUUUCUGAUGCAACUUCCACUCCUGAAGACCCUGGUAUCAGCUGGAGCCGUAUAGGAGAGUGUGCACCAAAUGACAAUGACUGUCUAAUAAAUAUGAGUGAUAUCUAUAUUUGGCUUGUAUUAACAUUUAUUCUGUGGGUUGCCCUUGCAAUAUACUUUGAUAAUAUCUUCCCCAACUCAUCGGGUGUAAGAAAACCAACUUUCUACUUUCUGAACCCUGGAUACUGGUCAGGGAAAGGUGGAGACAGGGUGAGAGAGGGAUCGAUUUGUAGUUGCAUGCGGUCUGUUCCAACAUCAGAACAUACGACUCCAGAUGAUGAAGAUGUACUCCAAGAGGAAAACACUGUGAAGCAACAACAUAGAGAAGGUGCUGUUGAUCCAAAUCUUGCAGUUCAGAUACAUGGGCUUGUGAAAAUAUAUCCUGGAAGAACUAACAUUGGUUGCUUUAAAUGCAAGAGAAGUGCACCUUAUCAUGCACUCAAGGGGUUAUGGGUGAACUUUCCAAAGGAUCAGCUUUUUUGUCUUCUAGGACCAAAUGGAGCUGGAAAAACUACUGCAAUCAAUUGCUUAACAGGAAUUACACCAGUCACCGAAGGAGAUGCUCUCAUAUAUGGACAUUCCAUCCGAAGCUCUGUUGGCAUGUCAAAUAUCCAGAAAAUGAUAGGUGUUUGCCCCCAGUUUGAUAUUCUUUGGGAUGCACUGUCUGGUCAAGAACACCUCUAUCUUUUUGCCAGUAUCAAGGGUCUCCCCCCUGCUUCACUUAAAACGGUUGUGCAAAAAUCAUUGGCAGAAGUGAGACUCACGGAGGCAGCCAGAGUAAGAUCUCGAAGCUACAGUGGAGGAAUGAAACGUCGCCUCAGUGUUGCAAUAGCUCUAAUUGGUGAACCAAAAUUGGUCAUCUUAGACGAACCGGUAAACAAAAUUUUAUUUUAUUUUAUUUUUUUUCCACAAUCGUUAACCAUCUUUUCAUUUUGGUCUGAACUUUAUUUAUUUCUUCAGACUACUGGUAUGGACCCCAUAACUCGAAGACACGUUUGGGACAUUAUUGAGAAUGCAAAAAAAGGGAGAGCCGUUAUUCUAACAACACAUUCAAUGGAAGAAGCUGAUAUUUUAAGUGAUCGAAUUGGAAUCAUGACAAAAGGUAAGCUUCGUUGCAUUGGAAAUUCAAUCAGGUUGAAGUCAAGAUUUGGUACUGGUUACAUUGCUAAUGUAAGCUUCUUGGCGACCAAUGAUAACGUGACACAUCAUGAGGAUGUGAAGCUGUUCUUUAAAGAUCGUUUAGACGUGGUUCCAAAAGAGGAAAACAAGUCGUUCCUGACUUUUGUUAUCCCACAUCACAAGGAGGGCUUAUUAACUAAUUUCUUUGAGGAGCUAGAAAAUAGAGAGGAGGAAUUUGGUAUAUCGGACAUACAACUGAGUCUUGCGACUCUUGAAGAAGUGUUCCUCAACAUCGCAAAACAGGCAGAAUUCGAAAGUGCUGCAGCUGAAGGUAGAUUCACCACAUUGACUUUGACCUCAGGAACCUCUCUUCAAAUACCGGUUGGAGCAAGAUACAUAGGAAUUCCAGAAACUGUUUCAACAGAGAAUCCACAUGGAGUUAUGGUGGAAGUUUAUUGGGGGCAAGACGAUGCGGGUGCACUCUGCAUUUCAGGGCACUCAAAUGAAACAUCGAUACCAUCUCAUGUCCAAUUACCCGAUGCCCUUUCUUCUUCACAUUCACAUACCUCUCGAAGAAACUUUUUGGGCCGAUCUGGGCCGGUCCAUGGAAUCGUUAUUAAUCCUAAUGAAAUUGGUACAACAUCUUGAUGUGAUUUAUGUUAAAGGAUCAUAUAGGGGAGGAGGGGGUUCGACAACUUUUGUUUAUUUGUUCAAUAUAGUAUGUAUAAAUUGUUUUACAUGUAUUUACAUAUUAUCACACCAUAUCUUUCAUACAAAAUAUAUUUUCCUUUACCAA